AUGUCUUCAACACCCUCAACCAAGGACGAGAGGGUCUCUCCCGACAACGAGAACGACGCUGGCUCUCUUGGUGCGAUCUUUCCUGUUGGUGACGCUGGCCUCCAAGACGCGCCUGUUCGCACUGGUACAAAUGUCACCACACCCGGCUACCCGGCUAUCAUUACCGGCGAGGCUGCCACUGCUGGCACCGCUAUCACUUCCAUAUCUGGAGUCAGAAGUGUGCAGCCAACAAACCCACUGUCCUCGCUCGACGAUGAUUUGAGACAGAUUCACGCAGUGGAGAACUCCAUCCUCAUCAGCCCUGGCAAAGGCACGAUUGACCUCCCCAACGAGAUACUGUUCAAAGUCUUUUCUUAUAUCUCCGGUGGAAACAAGUGGCGCGAUAUCAACAAGACAAUGUGGGACUUCUCGUCCACUUCGGAACAGGACAUCAAAAACGCCCGGCUCUCUCACAGUCAAUUGAGCGUAAAUGCCUCAAGACACCUGAUUCGACAUGUCACGAUUGACUUGUCAGAGGCCUCCCUCGCCAAUUUUGAGAGUAUCAGCAAGCACCCAGACAUCUACCAUGGUGUGCAGGCCGUUGAGAUCUCCCUGGCGCAGUACGAUGAUGGCAUCGCCAAGAACCUCGAGCUAUUUGCCACCCACCACAUGAACAACCUCCCUCGCCUUGGUAGAAAUUCACAAGAGACAAGGUCCAAGGCUGCUUUCAUUUCUAACACUUGGGCCAAGUAUUUGCAGGCCCGAGUAACUCGAGACGACACCUUCCUGGACAACUUUGACCGCGAAGAAAUCGUCUAUAUUCAGGCUUUGGUGCAAGGAUACUAUCAAUACAAAGAUCGCUUGCAAGAGCAAAAGAACUUGCUUCAGGCCAGUGGCUCUGCUGACUUUAUUGUCAGAAUGACAGCCUCAAUGGCAACACUGCCAGCUGCCAAGCACCUUGAAUUUAGCACAAUGGCGCACCUAAGGAACCUGCGAUCCCUGAGAUUCGAACAUUACAAGCACUUGCCUACGAACCCAGAGCGGGACCAACAAGGUUUCCGAUCGUUGUCACGCUUUCUCGACGCGUGCUUGGAGUCCGAAAAGCUUGAGUGUCUCAUCAUCGACCCCAAAAUUACCUUUUCUCCGGAGGUGAGCCUAAUUAGCCCGCGUCCGUGGCCCAAAUUGAAGUACGCGGUGCUGAAGCGGCUCUCCCUCUCGGAUUCCGACCUCGAAACCUUGACCGCGUCGAUCGCGCGCCACCAAGGGGGGCUUCUGAUCAUGAAUUACGUGCGACUCUGCCGCGGCACGUGGGCCGGCGUCCUCGACAUGUUGCGCAGCAGACGGAUCCGCGUGAGCCUUGGCUACCAAGCCGGUGCGGAGUGCGACAUAAUGGCUGACUGGGGCAGCGAAAUAUUUGGAGUGAAGCAUGGUCUUGGGAACUUCGCUGAACAUUACGCCCGGGGCGAGGACAUGCCCAAUCCCAUUCUGAGCCCUCCGAGUGAGGAACUCGGCGAGAGGUUGUCCGGCAUUUCCACCAGCGAUCUGGGUGGUCCUGCGAUUGAGAACGGUGAGACUCUUGAAGACGAGUUUUAG